AUGCUGAAGGCUCAAGAAAAAGCCACCAAAAGACGCAGACAUAAAAACUCCAAAUUCGGGUGCCCCAAUUGCAAAAAAAGACGAGUCAAAUGUUCCGAAGAUCUUCCGUCGUGUCUUAAUUGUAUCAAGCAUAAGACUCGCUGUGGCUACCUAGACUACACAGAGGAACAACUAGACGAACUUCGUGCUGCCAAGGCCAGCUUAGUGGCUUCGGCCACUUCCACCUCCACAGGCUCCAAAUCGGAAUUGGCCGAAAUCGACCUCAAACAACUUACUUUGUCUCGCCAUGAGUCCCGAGGGUCUUAUGCGCUGUCUAAGGUGUCGCCUCCAGCAAUCAAGGUAGAUUCACCUGCUAAUUCCGGCUCUGGCGAUUCUUUCGACUCCAAUCCGGCCGCCAAUGAACCGGACCAAGAACCAAGCCCUCCUCAAGACCAUCCUGUUGAAGAGAUUGGUAACGGCUCCGUUAUGGAUUUGGACCAAGAUUUUGACCAAACUCAUUUUUUGUCGGCAAAAAAUUACACUCUCGACUCGGGCGUGAACGAUGUAUUCAAUUUCCAGGCCCAGCAUGUUACCCAGGACUUUGACAAUAUCAUGAGUGCCGAGAAUUUCGAAGGCCAGCCCAUCAUAUACCCGGUUUACUCGAUCCACAACAGCGCCGGAAUCUCACGAGAUCUGUCAUCGACUCCCGCGAAUAGCUCGUUUCGUCCCACAAGAGACAUUUUCAAUCUAUCAGCUCUCGGGUACGAGUCUUCUUCCUUUGUAAACGAUUCAGGAUACGAUACUAUGGAGCUCGAUACCUAUGAUAAACUUCCCAAUGCAAUGAUUCAUCCAGUCUCGUUUGAGAAGAAACCUCGCACAAGGGUAGACUACGAAAAGGGACUUUACACAUUUUUAUUCAGUGUCGGUGCUUCCAUAGCUAAUGGCACCUGUCCGCUCCCCGAUAUACGACACUUGUUCCACUUAUGGCUCAAUUACUUUAUAUCGAUGCUGAUCAGAUCCGAAAUGAUGUUCAGCUGUCUUCUCAACUUGACGACAAACUACCUUAUUUCCAACUGUCUCAACCCCAACCAGCGCACAGUCGCGGGCUUUACUGAGCUUGUGGACCGAACAAAGCAGAAUAAUGCUCUCAUCAUUGUGUCUAUUAAGCACUAUGCCAAGGUAAUCAAGGACUUGCGAGACUUUUUGAACAAAAAUGAAGAUCCUGAAACUUGUUCCACUGUGUCGUAUAUUCUCAGUUUGAUGUCGAUCUACGAUCCAGAAGCGACUCUCAACUCGAUAAAUUGUUUUCGGGAUGGUCUUUUCAGUGUACUUUCAUACAACUUGAAUCUUGCUGCUAAAAACGGCGCCAAAGCACCGACGUUAAUUCCAGCACAUAUGCAACUCAUGAUCAAUAUCGAGCGGUCUGUGUACCAUCCGAGCUACGAUCCGACGUUUUUAAACGAGUUCCGUGAAAAAUAUAUUCGGUUUGGAGAGAUUUUACGAAGUGUCAAUUCCAACACUUCGCUCACCCAAAUGCUCACCUCAAAGUAUAACGAGCUCUACAGCUUUCUCAAUCUUGUGAUAGACAACAUUAUAGAGGAAAUUUCUGGCUCAUACGACAAUGUGGAGCACCAGCAAAAGAUUUUAUUCAAACUUAUGCAAAAAUGGGCAAUAAGUUACCCCAUUAGGUUCCUGGUGGUCAAUGCUUCAUCGGACCCGCUCGAGAAAAUUUUGGCGUUAUUCUACAAAGUGUUCAAGAAAGCACUCUACUCGAUAUUCCCACAGGUCAAAUACUUUUUUUUGAGAGAUUUUGAUAGUCCACUCAUGUUGGAUGUGGUUAUCACUCGUAGCGAUUUCGAAAUUUUCAAGUCAGAAAUCGACCAGCCACUGAAUCUUUGCUGCAAUCCUGACUUGUACGACGUGCACAAACACGAACUCAAAAGCCUUUCUGGCUACCUAAUUCGGUUGGUGACGUUUCUUCAAAAACGUAUAAUGAUCAUCUACCGUAUGGCAGUGCAAGAAGACUCUAAAAAAUUGUUCCCCAUCACAGACGUUCGUAAGUGGCGAGCGCUGAUAACAGAUAUAUCCCGUGUGAGGAGCGACUUUGCCGCGGCUCUAAGCUUGCUGGAAGUUCCGGUAACUUCGUUUACAACUACCCUUCUCAAGCCCCACCACUACCCGCGCAGGUCAGCGGAACAAUUGCAACCGGAGCACACUUAUGAUGAAGUUGACUUUCUUACAUUGAAACCGAACUGUUUACUUGAUGCUGACUUUGACCCAUUUUUACAGUAA